AAUUUGUAUCAAAAUCUAAUUUUAGAUUUCAUUAUUUUGCCAUUAUCAACGCUAGAAUUGCUCAUGACGGGGCGAUUACGCUUUUAGCAUAAUAUAUCAACGACUAGCCAUCUUAAUGUAUAGAGUUAACAUGUUACUGUCAUUAUUUUUACUAUUUUGGACAUGUCAUUUAGUAAUAUGUUAUUUAUAAUCUAUUUAUUUAACAUUUUAUAGAAAAAUUUCUUAAAGUUAAAAUAUAUAUAUAAGCUUGCUUUAUCAUGGUGAUACCAUUGGAAAGUACAUUUUAGAAAUGAAUUUAACACGUUACCUUUUUGUUUGAUGCACCAAUACCCUUUUUUCCUGGUCAACCACUAAUACCGUUUACAUAUGUAAGAAAAAAUUAAUCUUAUACGAUAAACUCACCAAAAUAAAAAAAUUAAUGACCAACCAAAUAAAAUUAGAUAAACAGGUUUUGAAGAGUCACACCAACCUCUGCCUACCACAUUAAACACUUGUUUCUCUUGUUGGUCGACCAAUUCUGAAAAAAAAAAACUUCAACCAUACAUAAAAAGCAUUGUUAGACAUUUUGAUAUGAAGAAGAACAAUACUCAUACCGUGGCUUCCUGCUUCCACCCUUCUGCUAUGGCUACAAGCCGCCGCGAAGAAGACUCCAUCAUUCUUUUCUCAUCCUCAAACUCUCCUGAUGACUUCUCCUCUGCUUCCUCUUCAUUUUCUUCUUCGCCACUCCCAAGCCCUAACCGCUACUCUUUAACCGUCACUAACCUCUCCUACACCAUCCAUCACACCCCAAUACUCAAAUCUGUUUCAUUAGCUGCUGAAUCCUCUAAAAUCCUAGCCGUGGUUGGCCCUAGCGGAACAGGCAAAUCCACUCUUUUGAAAAUCAUUUCAGGAAGCGUGAACCACAAGGCACUGGAUCCGUCUUCCGGGAUUUUGAUAAACAAUCGUAGAAUUACCGACUACAAUCAGCUACGCAGGCUAUGCGGGUUUGUCCCGCAGGACGAUGACCUACUGCCUCUACUUACCGUGAAAGAGACGUUAAUGUAUAGCGCCAAAUUCAGUUUGAGAGAUUCAACGGCUAAGGAAAGAGAAGAUAGAGUGGAGAGCUUAUUGAGUGAUCUCGGUCUUGUUCUAGUCCAAGACAGCUUCGUUGGAGAAGGAGACGAUGAAGAUCGUGGUGUUUCGGGAGGAGAGAGGAAGAGAGUUUCAAUAGCUGUUGAGAUGAUCCGUGAUCCACCAAUUCUGCUUCUUGACGAACCAACCUCUGGUUUGGAUAGUCGAAACUCGCUCCAGGUCGUUGAGCUUUUGGCUACUAUGGCAAAAUCCAAACAGAGAACCGUCCUUUUCUCCAUCCAUCAACCAAGCUAUCGAAUCCUCGAUUACAUCUCCGAUUACCUGAUUCUUUCACGCGGAUCGGUUAUCUACUUGGGAAGUCUUGAACAUCUCGAGGACUCAAUAGCGAAACUAGGGUUUCAGAUUCCAGAACAGCUGAAUCCGAUAGAAUUCGCCAUGGAAAUAGUUGAGUCGUUGAGAACUUUUAAGCCAGACUCGGUAGCUGUCGUAGAAUCAUCAUCGAUGUGGCCUGAAAACAACGAAAAUGAUGGGAUUAUCACAAAGAAAGAAGAGUUUCGUGUCCUAGACGUCACCGAGAUCUCAUAUCUCUGUUCGAGGUUCUGCAAGAUCAUCUACAGAACAAAGCAGUUAUUCCUGGCGCGAACAAUGCAAGCGGUGGUAGCCGGAUUAGGUCUAGGCAGCGUCUACACAAGACUCAAGCGUGACGAAGAAGGCGUAGCAGAGCGGCUCGGGCUCUUUGCCUUCAGCUUAAGCUUCCUCCUCUCUUCCACAGUGGAAGCACUUCCCAUAUACCUCCGAGAACGUCGCGUUCUGAUGAAAGAAUCAUCUCGUGGAUCCUACCGAAUCUCAUCCUACAUGAUCGCCAACACCAUCGCAUUUGUACCGUUCCUCUUCGUUGUAUCUCUCCUCUUCUCCAUCCCAGUCUACUGGAUCGUAGGCCUAAAUCCAUCGAUUCAAGCCUUCUCCUUCUUUGUCCUCUGCGUCUGGCUCAUCAUUCUCAUGGCCAGUUCUCUAGUGCUCUUCCUCAGCGCGGUUUCUCCUGACUUCAUCUCCGGUAACUCCCUCAUCUGCACCGUUCUUGGAGCCUUCUUCCUCUUCUCCGGCUACUUUAUCCCCAAAGAGAAGAUCCCAAAACCAUGGAUGUUCAUGUACUACGUGUCGCUGUACCGUUACCCGCUGGAGUCUAUGGUGGUGAAUGAGUACUGGAGCAUGCGAGAGGAAUGCUUCUCCAGCGGGAACAUGGGCUGCUUGAUGACCGGAGAGGAUGUGUUGAAGGAGAGAGGGCUUGACAAGGAUACGAGAUGGAUCAAUGUCGUGAUCAUGCUUGCCUUCUUCGUUUUCUAUCGAAUCCUCUGCUGGGGGAUUCUACUCAGAAAGGCUUCCAAGUCAACCCAUUAAAGAUUUCAUUGUAUAGAGAGAAACAAAAUGCAUUUACUUACUGUAUAUGUUGUCACCAGAUACAGAUUUCAGUCUUAUGUUCAUAUACAUCAAUAUAACCUAAGGAGUAACAUUUUAUAUUGUUGUU